GCAGAGGUUGACGUAAACAAAAUACACAAGAAAAAAAAUAAUUACAACAAGUAAUGUCAGUUUCACUUGUCAGUAUGACAGAAAAAAAAGAGUGAGACAGCAGAUGAAUAAAUAAGUCCUUGAUGUUCGGAGAAAUUAUACAUCAUUUGCGAUUGCUAUUGGCGGAACGUCAUCAGUCAUCAGUCGGCUGGCAACUGUAAUGAUUACCAGUGCUUUCAAAUGUAUUUACUGUAAAAACAAAGUGAAAAUUGUAUGUUCGAAUUUUACUGCUUAUUAAUUUGAAUUUUGGAUUGCAAUAUGACAGAAGUGAACAAGGAUUUGCAACGCGAGAGAAAUAAUUGUACUUUUAAGCCAAUUGAACUUACGCAUCUGCUGGAUGGCAAUGCGGAGAAAACUGCGAUCCGUCAUGAGAGAGAGGAAUAUUUUCUCAGCGAUCCAGAACUGAAAGAUAAAAUUCCAAACAGUUAUAAAAGUCACAAAGAACUUUACGAAGAUGCCAUCAGGAAAGGUUGCGUUGUAUUACGCAAAGUUAAACAAUUACAAGAUCAGGGUAAAGGAGAAAUUGAUUUGUAUACACAUGUAUUAGGAGGUAUGCUGGGAGCAGCGCUUUUUAAAGAUGGAAAUCCAUUAACUCUUCACUAUGUGAUGUUCAUACCGACAAUCAUGGGACAAGGAACGAUUGAACAGCAGGGUUAUUGGAUUAGUCGUGCAUGGACGUGUAGUAUAAUCGGCACGUAUGCACAGACUGAAUUGGGUCAUGGAACAUUUAUUAGAGGAUUAGAAACAACUGCAACUUAUGAUCCAGAUACUUGUGAGUUUAUUUUACACAGUCCAACACGUACAUCUUAUAAAUGGUGGCCCGGUGGUCUUGGUCACACGGCGAAUUAUGCAGUGGUGGUGGCGCAAUUGCAUACUCAAGGUAUUUGCCGAGGAAUUCACCCGUUUAUUGUUCAAUUGAGAGAUGAAAAAACACAUGAACCACUACCUGGAAUAAAGAUUGGUGAAAUAGGCACAAAGUUGGGAAUGAAUGCUACCAAUAAUGGAUUUUUGGGCUUUGAUAGGGUGAGAAUACCUCGGGAAAACAUGCUGAUGAAAAACGCACAAGUCCUGGAAGAUGGAACGUACGUGAAACCGGCGACAGACAAACUUACCUAUGGGACGAUGAUGUUUGUCCGCGUGUUAUUGGUACGCGAUACCGCGAGAUUUUUGUCGAAAGCUGUUACCAUCGCGAUACGUUACAGCGCUGUGCGUAGACAGAGUCAAAUAAAAGCAGAUGCAGGAGAGUGUCAAAUAAUAGAUUUUGUAACGCAACAAUACAAAUUAUUCCCCCACUUGGCGUCGUGUUUUUCAUUUAUGCUGUCUGCCGACUGGAUAUGGGAAAUGUACAACAAUGUAUCUGCUGAAUUACAUCAAGGAGAGUUGGAAAGAUUGCCUGAGUUGCAUGCACUGACGUGCUGCUUGAAAGCAGUCGCCUCAUCAGAUGCAGCUAUGGGAGUCGAACAACUGCGUCUAGCUUGCGGCGGUCAUGGAUACAUGAACGCAAGUAAUUUACCCGGGACUUACAGUUUAGUAACGGCGAUCUGUACCUACGAAGGCGAAAACACCGUUAUGUUAUUACAGACCGCGCGGUAUCUGGUAAAAGCUUGCAAGCAGGCGCUUGCUAGUGAUCCGCUGACUCCUACUGUUAAAUAUCUAUCCGUGUUGGCGAAAGGCGGUAAGCGACGACCAUGGAAAAAUACACUGACUUGUAUUAUUAUCGCUCAUCAAUCUGCUGCUGCUGGAAAAAUCCGUACAGCGACUGAAAAUAUUGACAGGAGAAUACGCAAGGGUGAGAGUCCAGAAGAUGCCUGGAAUCAUACAAGUAUUGAACUAGUACAAGCCGCUGAGGCUCAUUGUCGCGCAUUUUUGGUAUUAAGAUUCGCUGAGUGGAUCAAAAGCUUGACGAAUAUUUCCAAGGAGUUACAUAAUGUAUUGAGAGAAUUGUGUGAAAUGUAUGCUGUUUACUGGGUUUUACAACGACUUGGUGAUUUUUUAAGAUUUUCAUGCUUGAAAGCUGAAGAUGUACCGGCUCUCCAAAACCGUCUUGAAGAACUUUUCCAGUCAAUAAGAAUAAACGCCGUUGGUUUAGUCGACGCCUUCGACAUCAGAGAUGAAAUAUUAGACUCAGCUCUCGGCGCUUACGACGGCAACGUCUACGAAAGAUUAUUCACUGAAGCGAUGAAGUCUCCUUUGAAUCAAACCAGCGUCAACGAAUCAUUUCAUUCUGAUUUGAAGCCUUUUCUAAAAAGUAAUUUAUAAAAAACUAUUACUUAUUAUGAUUAUAAUUACCUACCCAAAUACUCUAUUUUUUAUCGUGCCUUUUAAUAAUGGUGGAGAAUGUUAUUGAUUAAAAAAUAGAUUUAUAAAAUGUUUUAAUGUUUUCAAUUAUUACUAAUAUAAAUUGUUGCU